AUGGUAUGGGGGAUCCAAGUCCUGGUGCCGGAGGUGUACGAGAGAGACUGUUGUUGUGAGACAGGGUUCCCUGUUGGUUGUGUUGCAACGAUUUGUAGAGUUGCAGUUACGAUUGCAACUAGUGGGAUUAGGUUGGUUGCAGGGCGCCAUAAACUGGCUGCGGGGAUUAUCGUCAUCACUACUGUGGAGCUCAGUGGCGAUUGUGAAACUGGAUCUUUCAAUUAUUACGGAGAUCGUGACUAUCGUUUGACGUGCACGUGGGACGCUCUGAAUGGUCCCAUGCUCGUCAGGAUGUCAUCCCUUAGUGAAGAGAUUAUAGCGCGGCUCUGCACCAUAACUGUCACGCCUAUGUCUUUCGUGUUGGCGAAAGCCCAACCUUGGCUUCAGACUUGGUCCGAUAGAGUUCAGUUCAGGCAAAGCUCGGUACUAGUUUUGACUUCUCUUUUUGACGUUCCCUCUGAGGGAUAUGUUAACACCGACAUAAUAGGGUUGCGAUGUAUAGGGUUAGAGGGAAGGAGAUUUUUAGGAUAA